GUCCACGGGAAAACAUACAUGUUAGUAGCCGAGUCGCUUGGAGGAGAUGAUCAUGGCCGUGUGGCGCGCCCUGCUGCUCUGCCUGACUCCGUCCCUUUGCCGUCCCGGGGUAACAAUGCGGCAACAGUGCGACGAUGUGAAGCGUCUGGCGGAGAAAGACCUGAUCCCAGACUCGAUGCUUAGAUGUUCCGGACCAUCCUGGCCGGAGCCCAGCCAGAUACUCCCCAGUAUUGACAGCAGUUACACGCCGCAGCCGCCGCUGGCCGUCUGCAUGGACUCGCCCAUAUCUUACAGCCACACCAUCCCCAGCAGUUUCUUUCGCAGUGGUGCUCACCGGCCUGUCGGAGCACGAAGUGGGGAUUACCUGUACUGCCCACCGCAGCGCUGGGUGCAGAACCUGCGGCAUGGAGCCGCUGUGCUGCUGUACCAUCCCUGUGCCUCCAUUUCCCAGCAUUCCCGCCUGUCACUCUUCGCCCGUUCCUGUUUGUCCCAUUAUAUCAUCACUCCAUUCCCACAGCUCAGCAUGCAGAGACCACUUGCCAUCGUCACCUGGGGGCGUACACUGCAGCUGUCCCAUGUAGGUGCACCAGAAGCCUGUGAUUGGCUGGGGCAGAAUGCACAAUCAGCUGUCCAGACCAAGGCUAGAGGGAGCUACAGCCUACUGCUGACAUGGCCAGCAGACUCCAGACUGCUCUGGGCCGCAGGAAAGGAGGACACACAGCGGGCUCUGAGGCAGUGCUGCUUGGAUACACUCUCCUUGCCUGUGGGGAACAGAACUGCAAGAGGGAAGACGGGGUGGAAGGAAAAGAGGUGGCGAAGGGAGCUGGUCAGCCAAGGAACAGCAGGAAGUACAGCCAGGGGAGCAGCGAAGAAGAGGAGCGCCAUGAGGGGGAUGAAGGUCCAGCAGCUGCCUAGGCCGGCAGCCGAAGCCGAGCCCAGGAAGGGAAAUCGCAACGUUACAGAGGGGCCGCCACCAGACAAUGGGCAUGGGGCAGGAAGGGGCGGAGCUAGGGAGGGGGCGGAGCUGCAGGAUUUAAAAACAGGGGGAGAAGAUAAAGGGGAAGGUGUGAAUGGUAAAGCUGAAGUGAGAGGUCUCAGUGGGGAGGCAAGGGAGGAGAGCCAGAGGCACAGGGUAAAGACCCACAAGGAGACCCCACCACAGCCUGGCAGUCCCCAGUGUGUGGGUGUCAAGGUAGCCUUGCCAGCGGCCAGCAGAGGGCAGAGCCAGUGGAUACCCACCCCACGCACAGAGGAAGCAGCCUGGGCAGCGGCAGCGCUGGGCUUCCUGCUGGUGCUGCUUACGCUGGCGGUUCUGCACACGCGUCUCUACCGGCACUGGCGCCGCCCGCCCAGCUUGUACUGGCACCAGCCUGAGCAGGACCACGACAGCGUGGCAGAGGUGAUUCGCCGGAGGUUGAAGAUGAUGGGCCAGAGGAGGAGGAAGGGGACGGCCGGCCAGCGCCGGGAGUACAGCCUGCUGCCCAGCUCCAGCAGCGAGGAGUCUGACUGACGCUCUCCUGUGGAAGGACUCGGACCCUGGGCUCUGCACAGUUCAAACUGCUUCAAGCCCUGAUUUGCACUCCACUGGGAGCAUCAGUAAGCUGUGUGCUUACCAGCAGCCCGUAUAACUCAGCAGAGAUGUAACCGGUCUCACUGCUACCAUGACAUGUUGCGUUGGGAGCAGCCCAGCCUUUCUGAGCAGCGUGGCUCAUGAGCAGCCAGGCCCCCAGCAGGAAGACACCUACUUCCUGCGUAGUGACAUCUUUACAGCGUUUGUCCAUGUUGCCAUAAGAACUGAGGAGACGUCGUUCUCCGUGUUCAGCUCUACGCUGCUCGUUCUAGACCAGCGAGGGCCCGGCCCUGUUACGAGUGCGACACAGGCAUACAAAGGAAGUCCGAAUCACUGCAUACAUCACCACGCGGUGGAGGUGUGGGGGGCCUCCAGACGGAGAGGGGACCUGUGACACUCCAAACACCACGCGCACAGAGCCUGAUGUUCAGGCCACAUCACAGCAGUAGGAGCUCUGUAUGUAUUUAAACUCCCACUUGACCCCACUGGGUUGAUUGUUGGUAUUUUUAACACCUUUUUACAUGUAUUUUAAAAUUGAAAGAACACAAUAAAAGUGUUUCUAUAA